AUGUCAUCGACGCCGAGCUUAUGCCCCUUGUCGGGCGACAACUCGUUCGGCCCUGCUGUGACAGCAUGUGCACGCCCAUUCGACUUCACUCUUCUUUUCGAGGAGAGCAUUCUCUCGAUACUACCGUCAGCCAUACUCCUCGUCCUAACACCCAUCCGUCUGCUCUCUCCGAGCCAGAAGCCUUGCACUGUUCGUGGCAAUGCGUUGCGAACUGCCAAGCUGGUAUGCUCAACCGAAGUGGCAAUCGCCCGAGCAGUGUAUUCUAGGCGUCCGAUUGCCAUCUUUGAUGAUGUUUUUGGUGUGCUGGAUUCGGAGACCCAACGACACGUCUUUGACCACGUCUUUGGGCCCCGUGGCCUUCUCAAGUCGCAAAAUACUACAGUAAUCUUGGCUACCCAUGCUAUUCACCUCCUCCCUUUUGCGGAGGACAUCAUUGCCUUGGACGAUGGCAAGGUAGCUGCUCAAGGUACAUUUGCCAAUUUAAGCAAAGAGCACGGCUUUCUGCAGCAAGCUGGUCUUGAGAUACAUGCAGUUCAUGACGAAGAGAAAUCAGGAGCCGAAAAGGAGGCAACCCAGCCCAGACCCCUAACCGGUGCCGCUGAGUCGUCCUUGUUCCAGGCCGUGAAAGACUCCCCUCGGCGACUAGGAGAUCGACCGGUAUACAUCUAUUACUACAAAACCAUCGGCCCUCUAAACACUGCCAUAUUCGUCUCCCUUCUGCUACUUUGGGUUGUGAUGCUUAAAUUUCCUGAAAUCUGGCUCACAUGGUGGGGAAACUCCAAUGAACGGCGCUCCGGCCAAGAGAAUGGCAAAUACCUUGGUGCCUUUGCCGUCUUCCAAAUUGCUGCGUUGGCUGCACUGGGUCUUUGUUGCGGGUACGUACUGUCAUGCCUCCGAUGCCUGACAAGUGCUAACACGCGCUGUACUAUGUACCUCCUUCUGGUGAUUGUCGUUGCCUCUGGACAAACGCUUCACUCGACCCUCUUGCGCACAGUCAUCAACGCCCCUAUGUCGUUUUUGGCUUCCACCGAUGCUGGCACCAUUAUCAAUCGUUUCAGCCAAGACGUUCAGCUCAUCGAUGCCGAGCUGCCCUUGUCGUUUCUCAACGUGGCGUGUAAUGUGCUUGUCUGCUUGGCCCAAGCGGUCAUGAUAUUACCUGCCUCGUACUGGCUAGCGAUCACUUACCCUUUCCUCUUCGGGUUUCUAUACCUAGUCCAGAAGUACUAUCUGCGAACAUCCCGGCAGCUCCGAUUUCUCGACCUAGAAGCAAAGAGCCCCGUGUACUCUCAGUUCCUCGAAACAUUGAGUGGGCUAGCCACUAUACGUGCAUUUUCAUGGCAAGACAAUCUUAUCAAACAAAAUGAAGCAAGGCUGGACUACUCCCAGAAGCCCUUUUUCCUUCUCUACAGCGUCCAGCGCUGGCUUAGUUUGGCCUUGGACCUAGUUGCUGCGGCCCUUGCCGUCAUUGUUGCAGCAGUCGCCUUCACAACAAAGGGAACAGUCAGUACCGGAUUCGCUGGCGUCGCUCUUUUUAACAUCAUGACUCUGAGCAGUGUCAUGAAGACGGCAGUCAAUGUUUGGACUAUCCUUGAGACGUCCAUUGGGGCAGUAGCGAGAGUUAAAGUCUUUGAGGAGGGCAAACCACGGAGCACUAUGCUAAUGAGUCAUCAAUACCACCUGAUACUUGGCCUGAGAAUGGGGGCAUCGAAAUUCAAGGUGUCUCCGCAUCGUACACCCGCUCCACGAGUCCUAUCGAAAGUGUCAUUCGUCAUCAAACCCAGAAAUAAGAUUGCAAUAUGUGGACGGAGCGGAGGUGGCAAAAGCUCAUUGCUGCUGGCCCUCUUCCGCAUUCUGGACCUCGAUGAGGGCUGUAUCUUGAUCGACGGCGAGGAUGUAUCUACCCUUCCACGCGAAACUAUCCGAGAGCGCCUGAAUGCAAUCCCUCAGGAUCCCAUCUUCCUCCACGGUACCGUUCGGGUAAAUUGCGAUCCUCGAGGAGCAUCGUCGGAUGAACAGAUAGUCGAGACUCUACAAAAGGCUCAGCUUUGGAACACGGUUGAGUCCAAAGGCGGCCUCGAUGCCGAAAUGACUCAGGAUUUCUUAUCUCAUGGGCAAAAACAACUGUUUUGUCUUGCAAGAGCAAUACUGCACCCGAGCAAGAUUGUCGUCAUGGAUGAAGCUACGAGCAGUGUGGAUAUGGAUACAGAUAAGAUCAUGCAGCAACUUAUCAGGACUGAGUUCAAAGAUUCGACAAUUAUUGCCAUCGCUCAUCGGCUCGAUACGAUACUUGACUUUGAUAGCGUUGUCGUCGUUGACAGGGGUGUCGUUAUUGAGCGGGAUACCCCUCGAUGA